AUGUCGGUGGAUCAGGAGGAGCAGCAGCCGUGUGAGAACAAGGAGGUCUGGUGGGAUGGCCUUCUCUUGCACACCACCGAGCUCUUGGGCUGUGGCAGCUACGGGUCCGUCUUCCGCGCGAAGGGCGAGGACGGAUCCUCUUUCGCGGCCAAGUUUUACAAGUCCGGGAAGAACGAGGUUCAGUCAGAGCUUGACGUUUUCCGCAUGCUCACUCAUCCGAAUGUCGUUGUCUGCUACGGCGUGGUCACGACCUCCUCCGAGAUUGGCUUGCUCAUGGAGAUCGGGCAGGGUAGCCUCGGCCAGUACUUGAAGCAGCAUCCAUUACUUGAGCCUUUGGAGCCCGCAAAGAUGCUGCAACGAUGGCAGCUGGCAACGCAGCUGGCGAAGGGCCUCCAUCACAUCCAUUCUCGUGGACUUGUCCAUGCUGACCCCAAGCCUUCCAAUGCCAUCAUCUUCGCUUCUCCUUCUUUGGCCGCCAAGUGGUCCGACUUGGGGCUGUGCCAGAAAGCCAACGAGAAGGUCUUUGGUGAGAACGUCUUCACCCCGGCCUACAGGGCGCCGGAGUAUCUGAGCGGCAAGGUGAUACGGCUGACAAAGUCCGCCGAUGCGUUUGCUUUCGGCUGUGUUCUGUUUAGCUGCUGUUGUCUCGGAGGCGGCGGUCACCUUUUUGUAGAUGUGUCCGUUGUAGGCAACUCGCAGUAUGUGCAGGCGCGCUUGAGUGCAGCCGUGCCGCAUGAUUUUGCUGCUCAAACUAUGAUCAAGGCUCUGGUCAGUGAUGUCGCAGAGAGGGCCACCUUGUUAGAUUUCUUGUCUGCAGCAAGCAGGCGCUUGCGAUCCUUUUGA